GUGCGCGGACGCAAUCGUGUCUCUAAUGUUUUCAGUGUAGGUGCGCACAGGUUGGCCAGAGGAAUGAAGGCACAUAUACGGCUUGUCGCGUUAGUGGUGUGUUUGGCGGUGGGUGCUUGCAACGCAGCCCGCAUUCUGGCACUGUUCCACUACCCUGGCGGCAGCCACUUCAACACACUGGGCCGGCUGGUGCGCGAGUUGGCCGCCAGGGGCCACCACCUGACCGUCGUGAGUCACGUCCCCCUGGACAGCCCUCCGGCCAACUACACCGACGUCAGCAUCAGGGGGUCCGCUCCGCUCGUCACGGACACGUUCAGUGUCACGAGGCUUUUCUACGCAGCCAAGAAAGACCUUGGUCUUCUCGAUCUGGGCAUCACAAGAGAAAUUGCUUCAUACUUAUUCAACAUUGAUUUCAGAAACUGCAAAGUGGCAUAUGAACAUCCUGCCAUCGAAGACCUCAUAAGAAGCAUAAGGAGCGGCCAGAAGCAGUUCGACUUGGUGAUCGUACACGCUUUAACGAUCGACUGCUUCGACCCUUUCACACACCUGCUCGGUGGAGUGCCGCUGGUUGCCGUUUCCACCAACGUGAUGACGCCCUGGUGCAGCGACAGGGUUGCCAACCCACACAACCCCGCCUACGUCGGCACUUACUUCCUCCCAUACGAGACCGCCAACAUGGGUUUCUAUGAACGCUUUCUCAACACCGUCUAUCAUCUGUUUGUUAAAUUUGUGCGCCACCGCGCCCUCUAUGCGGACACAGAGGCGCUACACCGGCGCCACCUGGGUUCGCAGCUGCCGCCACUAUGGCAGUCGCUGUCGGCCACGAGCCUCGUGCUGCUCAACACGCACUGGACGAUCGGCGGCGCAGUGCCGCUGCUGCCCAACGUCGUAGAGGUCGGCGGACUCCACAUCGAGCAGCCGCAGCCCCUGCCGCAGGAGCUGGAGCAGUUCCUGUCUGGGUCUGCACAUGGAGCGGUGUACGUGUCGCUUGGCAGCCUGAUCGCCUUCCACACGCUACCGCUGGAUAAGAUGCGCGCCGUCCUGGAGGCGUUGUCCAGCCUGGAGCAGCGCGUGCUGCUGCGCUGCGACGCCUCCCAGCUGCCGGCCGGUGUGCGACUGCCUAGCAACGUGAGAGCCAGCAGGUGGCUGCCUCAGACCGCCAUACUGGUUACCGCGAGCGCGCCCAGCAGCUGUCUCGGCUGUUUCGGGACCGCCCCCGGCCGCCGCUGGAGGAGGCGGUGUACUGGGUGGAGUACGUCAUCAGGCACCGGGGGGCGCCGCACCUCAGGUCCGCCGCGCUGUACCUGUCCUGGUACCAGUACCUGCUGCUGGACGUCGCUGCCUUCGUGGGACUUGGUGCAGUCUCAGCGGGCACGUUGAUCUGUGUGUGUCUCAAGUCAAAAUAUAUGGAUUUGGGGUCGACAGUAGAUAACGUGAAACGAGAGUGAACCCGUCUCCCUGUCACUCUCUCUUUUUUCAUCCGCAUUACGGUGUCAUUACUAAGUUCCUCCAGGGUUUCAACUGAGAACUACAUGACAUAGAGAUAAUGACACGUAUCAGUAGAUAGAGUAGAUAGAGUUCUGUGGUAUGGUUACAGUAAUGAGCAUGCACGUCAUAACAUGUAGAUUUAACCUUCACGUUUUGUUGCACUGAAUCAGUUUGCACCUGUAGAUAAGCGCCACAGUGAAAAGAAUCCCACAGCUGGCGGCUGUGUCACCUCCUCGUGGAUUCCAUGUCAGCAACUUCGAUGAACCUCACGGACGCACUGUCUUUUGCCAUGCCAUGAACAGUACCCAUAUUCGAUAACUGUAAUGUGUGUCAAAAAUUUAGAAAAGUACUCCAUCCACUGAUGUCAUGUAUACACUGACAGAAAAAAAUCGCAACACAAUAAAUAAUUUCGCUAAUGUUUAUAUCAACAUAACAUAUUUAAGUGAUUAACAUUGCAAGCCCGCAGGGUAAUGUAACUGCAACACAAGCCAUUGCAAAUGUGAAAUCCUGGUACAUUAGUAACCGGUGUAACCGCUACAAUGUUAAAAAGGUGGGCAUGCAAACGUGCAUACAUUGUGUUGUACAGGUGACGAAUGUAAAUUUGUGCGGAUGGAGUUCCGUGGCUGUUCCACUUGGUCAGUAAGUACAGGGACUGUUAAUGCUGACUGUGGAUGACACUGGUGUUGUCGUUCAAUAAUGUCCCAUAUGUGGGCGAUUAGAGGCAGAACUGGUGAUUGAGCAUGCCGAGGCAAAAUGUCGACAGUGUGUGGAGCAUGUUCGGUUACAACAGCUGUAUGUGGGAGAGCGGUAUCCUAUCCGAAAACACUCCCUGAAAUGCUACUCAUGAAUGGCAGCACAGUAGGUUGAAUCACCAGACUGACCCACCAAUUUGCCGUCAGGGUUCGUGUGAUAACCAGGAAAGCACUCCUGUUCCCGAACCAUACGUACAGGUGUAGGUCCAUUGUAAAUUGUACACGACCUCCUUCUAACCGUCAUGUACCCAUCACUGGCACUAAGAACCAGCUUUCAUCAGGAAACACAGCAGACCUCCACCCUUGCCUCCAAUGAACUCCCGCUUCUCACUACUUUAGUCACAACUGGCGGUGGUUUGGGGUCAAUGGAAUGCACGCUACAGGGCGCCUGGCUCGGAGCUGUUCUUAAAGUGACCGAUUUGUAACAGUUCGUUGUGUCACUGUGGUGCCAACCGCUGCUCGAAUUCCUGCUGCAGGUUGCGCCAGAGCGAUACGCCGAACUCGAAGGUCUCCCCUCCUGCUAACGCCUGGAUUCGGUCUUCCUGCGACCAUACAUACUCAUAACCAUCACUGACAGCAGUUGCUACAUUCCUACCUAGUCUUUUUGCAGUAUCGCAGAAGGAACAUCCAGCGUCUCGUAGCCCUACUGCAUUUCCGACUAACAGCAAUUCACCAGGCAUAACGUCAAAGUUAACUAAAGGGCUCACAAGCAUUACAGCGUGCGUUUAAACCACUCUCAUAGUGGAGCUACUAGCGCCACGCUUAUGCAACAGGCCCGAAACUUGAACAGACUUUAGGAACACACCUAUCAAGAUUCGUUUAUGUCGUACAACUCCUUGUUGAUGUUGCAAUUUUUUCCGACCAUUGUAUACAAUUCUUUCUUUUUGUUUAAUUAACAUCACACGGAUUAUCUAAAUUUGCAUUUAUUUAAGUGUUGUACACAUACUGUUGUAUAGAAGCUAUGGCAACGUUGAUUAACAUCACUGUAAAACCAGAGAAUCCGGCAGUUUAAAGACAGUGAGACGAGAAAGAGGGUGGGAUAUUCUGGAGGUCAAAUAUAUGAAAAAUGAGGAUAUGAACUACUCAGCGACUAAUAAUUAUUGAAAAUGGUGUAUAAAGUAGGAGGAAUGAACGUGAGAUUCCAGCUGAUUAAAGUUCUUGAGACGUCGGAAGUGAUUUAUGGGCACAGAGGAGCAGAUGUAUGAUCUGUUAUUACAACAAAUUAUUGCUAAUUGUAUUAUGUGUCUUUGUUGUUUAAUAAGAGAUCACGCUAUUACAGUCAUAUCUGGGCGUUGUAAUGAAAAUAUGACAAAAAAUCGUCGACAGCGAGUAAACUGAAAAAAAAAGAAAGUUCCACCAG